UUUGUGUGGAUUUAUUGGAAAAGCAGAAGGAACCGGAAAAGCCAGAACAAAGUAAAUCAAUUUCCUCAAUUUCUUGAAACUUUCCCUGAAAGAUUGAAUUCCCAAUUUUUCUCAUUUCAAACGGCCUAACUUUUGCUUCUCGAAUCGUCUCGAAUAAUCGAUUGUUCUGCAGAGAAAUUGCAGAAAAUCGGCAUUUUCUGCUUUGACAGUUUCGUGUUUUUUUUUUUUUUUGUAUCAAAAAGUAAAAAUCCCCAAAUUUGCGAAUUUUUCCACAAUCUCACGCGAUUAGCUGUGUGUGUAGCCGCGUGAAUUAAGUGAUUUUCCGCAUUGCAAAUUUUUCAACGGAGAGGAGUGGCUGUGAACGCUGAGAGGACUGACAGAGAGUGAGGAGGAAUCGUGGAAAACGGAGGGAGUUUGUGGAUGCAGCAAAGUACCUCCGUCGCAAUGUCGCAUCCGGUGACUUCGGACACCGUCAAUGGUACCGUCAAUUCCAAUGGAGCCCCCACAAAAGCUCCCACCCCGGAACAGAGCAAUCAUCAACCCAAUGUGCGACACAUUCCGAUCUUCGUUGAAGGUCGCGAUGAACCAGUGAUCAACAGAAAUCUUGACACCUCGCAAACGGGUGACUUUUCACGCUCCGGCAGCGACAAAGGGUCACCUGGGACGGCAUUUGGUGACACUGGGAGUCUCUUUAAUCGCGUCAAGAACUUCCCCGUGCGCUCGAACAUUGAGAAUGAAUUUUUCCAGAAAGCUGGCACGCGGAAUGCCUCACCGGGACGAACUAUUCCCGUCAAAGUCACCCAACAAGCGCCAAAGUCCCCAAAUACGCCCUCACCGCAGCCACAGAAGGCUCCCGCGAGGGCAUUCGAAGUGCCUGAGCCUGAGAGACGGUCUCCAGCACCCCAAUCAAAGCAGGCAGAGCAACCAAAUUCAACUCAAACAACGCAACAGCAGCAACAACCCAAAACUUUCCCAAAAGAGGAUCUCAUUGGAAAAAUUGAAAAGAUUCAGAAUGAUGUGCUGUCGCUGAUGGAUCAGGUAGAGAAAUUCACAGGGACCUCCCGGAAGGAUCGACAGUAUGUGUACCUCGAUGAGAUGCUGACGCAGAAUCUCCUGAAACUCGACACCAUCGACGCAGAUGGGCAGGAGAAGAUUAAGCAGGCUCGUAGGAAUGCCAUAAAGUGCAUCAAUCAAUGCAUUGCCGUCCUUGAGCAGAAGGCCGACGCUGCGGCAGCUGCCAAGAAUUCCGAAGCAUCCGCAACAUCCCAAAAAUCCGAAAGGGCAGCGAAUGAAGCGAAAUGCGUACCUAGUCAAGAGUAAAUGAGGAUUAAUCUCGCCGAGAACAAAAGGGCCUAGCUCCGGAGGAAACUUCCACCAACACAAAGGUAGUCCUCCAUGCAAUUUUCAGUAUCAAUUAUUCCAUAUUUAGAAUUUCCCCGAAUGCCCUCAAAUUAAGCCACAGAGAUUCCCCAGAAUUUUUUACCAUUCUAUUCCUAUUUAGAGAACUUUUCCUUUACCCCUUGAUAUUUCACCGUGAAGAGGAACUUAAAUUAAUUAUAAAAACUUACAUACUUUCCAAUACAUUAUACUGAAACACUGAGAGAAAUAUUUUUGCUAAACACAAACGGCUUUAUAUACGAUUUAAUACAUAAAAAAUCAAAAAAUAAAUAAAUAAUUCAAACACUCUAAAUAGGAAAGAAAUAAAUGAAAUUUAAAACAAUUUAGGAAAAAAAAAUAUUCAAAAAUUAUAAUAAUCUUAGAAAACACUUAAAACAAUAUUAUUCUGUAAUAAAAUCUUGCAAGAGGCUUCUUCUCAAUCAUACCGACAACUUAUCAAUUUCUCCACGUUGCAGCUUAACAAACUAAUUUAUGAAUGUUUAUUGAUUUUUAUCCCAUAAGUUUAUUUUGAAUAUAUAUUUUGAUUACUUUGAUUAAGAAAUAGAUUGGAAUUUAAAAGAAUAUUCAAAUCUGAAUUCUUUUAAUGAAAUUAAGAACAAAACUCAUUGAAAAAAAAUUGUAGUUGAAAGGAAUUAACCCUGGUGUGACUGGUGGGUCAUUGAGUUGAUUAAGGCAUGAGAAAACGAAUAAAGAAAAGCAAAGAUUACAAUUAAUUGCUUAAAAUGAAGGGGAAGAAGCAGGCGAGCCUUAAGAAAGGAUAAGAAAUGGGCUUCUGUCUCUCUUGUUUAACUCUCUAGGUUGUUUAUUUGGUAUUUCAUGGAGCUGGGUGGAGCUUAUUUCAUUUAGCCAAUGAAAUCGCAGCUAAAACCUCUCAAUGAAAUAAUAAUAAAGAAGAAGAACAAUUAAGAGACUUCCUGAUUGGGUAAUGAAAUUUAUGAGAGGAAGUUUAUUGGUUAAUUUUCAAUCGAUUUUACGUUUUCUACUGCUGGAACUUCGGUGCAAAGUUGAUGUGAAUUGAAAAGCUAAUAUUCGGACGUUAAGAAAUAAAGAACCUUCUAGAUUAUUUGAGAUUCUUUUACAAACACUGAAGAAUAAAAAGCAAACCUUUGGCUUUGGCGCAGGGUUUGUGCCAUUCUUUAGACUUUAAUUCUAGACUUUCAAAACUGAUUAAAACCCUAAUUUUUUUAAAGUUAAUUCUACUUGAAAAAGAUCUUUAAAAUUUUCCUCAUAACAACUUUCUAGGCUAAUUCUUCUGACAUUUUCAAAGCUAUUGAUCCUUCAUUUGGAACUUUCAAUUGUGAUCUGCGAUAUAUUUGUUAAGUGUUCUUGUUAUAUGUUUUUCUAGCCGUAUGCCAUACGAUAAUAAUAAUAAUUUGGACCUUCUGCGGUGUAGCUUCAACUCUGCGCCAUUUUUUAAUAUUUUUUUAGACUUUGUUUUCGCUCUAUCUCAGCUUCAACCAUGGCUGGAAUAGUCCGGAAAAAAUUAAAAACAUAAAAAAAAAACAGUUUUCAGCCAUUAAAUUAUUUAUUUUAUUCUUUUGAGGACCAUUUGAACAAUUUGAACGAUUCUGUUUUACAAAUUUUGCUUCUUCAUUGAGAUUGUUAACGUUUUCGCAGUUAAUUUUCAAGUAAUCAUAUAAUUCUGAAAAUUGAAUGACUACA